AUGUUAAAUUGUAGUUGUAAAUCCUCCUCAGUUUAAUUGACAGAGGAGUAGAAAAAAGAAUUGAGAUGGAAAAAGGAGAUAAAUUUGCUUGAACAUUACAAUAUUAAAAUUGGAUUGAAUUGCUUCUUAUAUGAUUAUGAAGUUAAAUAUUAAGGAAAAUUGUAUUAAAUUCACACAUUUUGUGGAGGGGAGUCUGAUAAGGAAAUAGUUUUGAUGCUUCAUGGGUAUGGAGGAUCGAAUGUUCAUUAUUGUAGGAUUUACGAACAAUUAAUUAGAAAAUUUCGAAUAUAUUCAAUUGACUUGCCAGGGAUGGGAUACUCAAGCAAAUCAGAUAUUUUAAUGGAAUCAUACGAAGAUGCAAUCGAAUUCUUUAUGGGAACAAUAUCAUAAUUUAUUGAGAAUUUUAUUAGGGAUUAAAAAAUAAUUUUAAUUGGUCAUUCAUUCGGUGGAUUUUUAGCAGCUCAUUUAUUCACAAGAAUGCCCCAUUUAUUCUCAAGGCUAUUUCUAUUAAGUCCUGCAGGAGGAACAUAUUAUGAUGAUAGCGAGAUCAAAAAAUUACAAGAUACCUCAAAGUACCCAUUUCUGUAGAGAAUAUUUUUCAAUUAUGCUCACAAAAAGUGGAGUGAACAAAUUACACCCUAAUAACUUAAGGAUAAGUGGUAUGGAAAUUAUUUCAUUAAAAAAUAUCUCAAAAAACGAAUGUCCUUAGAAGGAAGAGAGUAUGAAGUAUGGCAAACUUAUAUAGAUGAAAUGUUAGCUUUACCUGAUGGUUCAGAAAAGGCGCUAUUUUUAUUAUUGCAAUUCCCAAGAGUAAUAGCUAAAGGGUGGGAUUCAAUAGAGUAUAUUUUAACAAAGCAUACAAAAUAUAUUUAUGAUAUUCCAAUUUAUUUUUAUUUUGGUGAUCAAGAUUGGAUGGACAAAAAAGGGGCAUAUAAUUUAGCAAAGAAUAAAAAUAACAUCAAUAUUAGGAUAAUUGAGAAUGCAGGCCAUUAACUUAAUUUUGAAAAUCCAAAAGGAGUUUAUGAAUAAUUAUUAAUUGAUAUAAAUGCUUCCGCUAACCAGAAAGAACAACAGAUAGUGUUCUCAUGA